ACUACGGAAUCGAUAAAGAGUUUAGAAUGGAAGCCAGUCAUAAACAGCUUAUUUAUCUUCGCAAUAAUCGGCCACCUCGAGCGCUUGCAACGUGCGACAAAUCAUAUUGGGGUUUCAAGUGAGUGCGAACAAAAAUCUUCGGUUGAUAUCGCGCUCAAUCGAGGACUGACAUUCGCAUCCUCGCGCGAAUAAACGUUCGAAUAAACGACUGAACGGCAUAAGUUAACGUGGUUCCCUCGUACAACUUAACCUAUCGCCGCAGCGAACCCACACAGUGCGUCCUCGAAUAGCUCUCUGUCGAUUUUGCUAUCUGUUUGCGCUCAUUUCGAUGAGAUAAGACGAUUGUUGCUGCUUUUUGGAUUCGUUUCUAUCUUUUGUUCAUCUCGAAUUUUACUCGCAAUCGAAAAAUCGAAGUAAAACCUGCAGAUGAUCAAUGUUGGAGGGAUGGUAUUGCAGAUCCAUUGCCAACAACAAUGCAGAUGCAGAAGAGGAAGACGAUGAGGACAGUCCGGAGGAGGAAGUGCCUAAUUAUAAGGACCAGUAUCGCAGUCUUAAAAGAAAAUUAAAAUUCCUUAUUUACGAAAAUGAGUGUUUUCAAGAAGCUUUGCGUUCCACACAAAGGAAAUUACUUAAGGCAAAUAGGGAUAAAAGUUUUUUGUUAGAUCGUUUGUUGCAGUAUGAGAAAGUGGACGCAUCAUUCAGUGAAAGUGACGAAACUGAAUCAUCAGAUGAAGAAGUUGUUCGUCAUGACAAUUCCAAGAAAAAAAAGGUUGAGAUGAAUGUCAACAAUCACACCUCUCAUCAUUCACCAAUAGUCACCAAACCACUCAGUACCAGCAAGAAGAAAAAGAGCACACCUAAAGUUACUAAAACAAAUAAUACACCUAUAGUACAAUCUUCAAAUAACAUGGUUCCAAUGUCCUUGAUGUCUGAUGGGCAUAUGACACCUGAAGAAGUUGAGAGACACUUGGAAUCUCGUCAGACAUAUCUGGAGCUUGUGCCAGAAAAAGCACCACCCACUGUUCCAACAGAAAUGUUCAGUAACGAUCCUUCCUUGGACAGUGAAUCGAACGAAAUUGGAGAACUUGAGACAUCGCCCAGUAACAUGGGAGAAGAUUGUCUCAGUGUGGACAUGAUGGCAGAGUGACAAACAUUCAUUU